UGAAUACCUUAACCUUGCACACAUUUUAUCCUUACCUGGUCACACCUAUACAUCUUUUAUUAAUAAUACCAGUUGAGCAAUUGCCGUUCCUUCUAUAUUUUAUGAGAAGUCGCUUGAAUUAUGUCACUCUCAAAUAGCCUAAAAAGAAAUGCUUCCCAUUUGUCAACUGUCUCUGUCAACACAAAAAAGUCCAAGUCAAAUGGGACAAUCACGUCUUUUUUUGGCGCCCCAACUUCAAAAAGCACAAAUGAUCCUGUAUCUGGGAAUACCACUUCAGGCCCUGUCACGUCGAAAUUCUGCAAAGAAAAAUGGGUUGCUAGCUUGACUUCCGAGCAAAGGGAGUUGUUGAAACUGGAGAUUGACACGCUGGAAGAGAGUUGGCUCGCUCAGCUUAAGGAGGAGCUCCUAACCAAAGACUUUCUGAAUUUAAAACGAUUCCUGCGGAAGGAAGUAGCUUCUGGGGCUGAGGUUUUUCCCCCUCUUAAUGAUGUCUACUCUUGGUCCCGCCAUACACCGCUGCACAAAGUCAAAGCCGUGAUCAUUGGACAAGAUCCCUAUCAUGGGUAUGGACAAGCCCAUGGGCUGUGCUUUUCUGUCCGCCCUCCAACGCCUGCUCCUCCCUCACUCAAAAACAUAUAUAUUGCACUUAAAAAAGAUUAUUCCUCCUUUCAGCCGCCACCGAAUGGGGGGGGAUUGCUCACUCCUUGGGCUGACCGCGGGGUUUUGAUGCUCAAUACUUGUUUAACCGUUCGUGCUCGAAGCCCAAACAGCCACUCUAGACAAGGAUGGGAGCGCUUUACUCAGAAAGCCAUUGAUGUGGUCGCUAGGGUUCGCACACGCGGUGUUGUUUUCCUUGCCUGGGGUAGGCCCGCUGCCAAUCGUGUUGCCAAUGUCAAUCGUGAAAAGCAUUGUGUCCUGCAAUCUGUUCACCCAAGUCCGCUGAGUGCACAUAAUGGCUUCGUAAGUCAAAGAUUUUCGAGUUAUCCCACACAGACAUUCAGCCAAACCCAUUUAUGUACACCACUUCAGAUCGAAAAGUAUGAAUACUAACGUCCUAUAAUCCAAAGUUUAACUGUGGCCAUUUUAAAAAGGCCAAUCAAUGGUUGGAGAAGAGAUACGGGCCUGAGGGAGGCAUUGAUUGGAGUCUUACUCAGUCUACCGCUGCUAACAAAGAGUCCAAUGAUAAUAAGCAGUGUGCUGGGGCAACACCCGAGACAGAUCUGUGCCCCCCAAGAACCAAGGAAACACAAGAAGCCUGACAAGGUACUGCGCAUCCUCGAAAUAUGUUGUCUCACUGCUGUCUUUCUAUUAUCUGUUUUAUUACUUUCUACUGUUGAGACUUCUCCUGGACGCCGUGAAUGGUAAUUCAGAUUGAUAGGCUAUAUGUUACUGUUUUUAGUAGAAAGCGUUACUUAACUACUUCGUACUUGAAAUUUAAUCAGACUUAUUUUCCUC